CUUUCCAGCCAUAUCCAUGUGCUAAUAAUCCAUGCCGAAAUGCUGCAAAUUGCACGGAUAGUCUGAAACAAUUUAUCUGUCACUGUUCAGAAGGAUGGGAAGGUACUACGUGUGAAGAUAGAGUAAACCCAUGUCAAAGUAACCCUUGUGUAAAUAAUGGGAAAUGUCAAUGGAGUGAUGGUGAUAUAUCAUACCACUGUGAUUGCCCGGAUGACAGAAUGGGACAGCAUUGUGACACCGGACUCACCGGUGGAGGGAUUGCUGUAGUUAUGGUGUCAAUUAUUAUUGUGGUUUCAGUGGUGGUAAUUCUCCGAAAGAAAAAGACAGAAUCGAACUCAACACAGUCAUCACCAACUUUGGACAAGAAUGCCGACUACGAGGGGAUCGAUAUUAACACGAUUGAUGAUGCAACCUACACCAAACUUAAUAUAAUUGGACUGGAAAGCAAUGGCUACGAAGAAGUACACAGUAUCAGAACUCAGUCGUCAAUGUAA